AUGCAACAGGAGAAACAUAGUUUCGCCUUUGGGGAAGCAAGCGUCCUCAGUCGAGCCCAUGACAAGAUGGCUAGGCUGGUGCUCGGAAGCUGGUCCUCAGUUGGCACAAUCAACAGGGCUAUUGAUCUUCAUCCGGCCUUCCAGGCGCUGCGCACAAGACUCCAGUCAGUCCAGACGGGGCCGACAGUACUGGCGAGCGAGUUGCGGCUCCUCCAACAGUUGUCACCUUCACAGCAGGGGGAAGGAGCCAGCUGGAGGUCACACGACGAACGCGAGACAUCGCCCCACCGGCGCGCCCAGACAGCCAAGCAUGAUUCGCACAUGCAACGGCAACUGAUCAGUCCAUCCGAUAAUGAGGUGAGGGCCCAUGGGCACACAGGAUUUGCAGCGAUUACGACAGCCGGUCAGGAGGCAGAGGUCACAGAAGCGGUCACUAGCCACCCGCGGAGGAACCAAAGCCAAUCCCCAGCCAGAAUGCAGGUCAGAGUCCGUGCGUCAGGCAUGCUUAUAACACAAGACGGGCGGCGAGGCAGAACGAAUUCGAGCAAGCAGGAACAGACACCCCACCACUCUGAUGGUGCGAACGAGGAAGUUUCCGAAACGUCAGCACAAAUACACUGUGGUCCAUGCGAUCGUCCAUUUUUCUUCUUCGUCGUCUUUUGGGGAUGAUGAACGGAACGAGUGAGUUCCGUAUGAACGAUCGGUGAGCGCCCCCUAACAUUGUAUAUUCCCGAUCAAAAACCGAAAAGGCAACGGGCUCGUGGCCCGGUGAGUAUAGGCGUUGACUUCUAAACCAACAGGUCGCGAGUUCGAGGCUCGGGGGUUUCACACAUCGGGCUUGGGUAUGGCUGGCUGACGACGACUAAUAAGCCAGAAAUGGCCAUUCCAGUCUCCCUUGUCUUUGUCGGUAAUAUUAUUCUGCCUAUAUAUAUAUAUAUAUAUAUAUAUAUAUAUAUGCAUAUAUAUAUAUAUAUAUAUAAGAAGAAGAGGCGAUCUCGGGAACCAUUGUUAUAUUGCCCUGACGUUUCAAAAUCAAACAAGAUUUCAUCGUCGGAGGUGAGUUUAGUACCACGCCUCACAGUAUUUAUAGGCGGUGACGAUCUUGUUACAACGGGUUUGCGUCUAUUCGGGGGCUGUCGUUUGGACGCUUAGCUGUCAUCGCACGUGUUUGCAUUGACCUUAGCUCUCGUCCUAGGCUGGCAAUCUUCUUUGUCACCCUGCCGUCACUUGUGUUCUCACCUGCCGCAUGAGUGGCAGUGAUGAUAGCACCUUCAUCGGGUCCGUCGGCGUUACUGCGAUCGUUCGUCCUCACACCUGCCAGAUAAGUGGACGACGCGGCUUUAGUGCCGAUCGCACCUUCGUCAGAUUCGGGUUGAAGUAGGGCUGCGCGUGUGGCCCCCAUGGACUCGGCCGUACUUGGGUUUCUGUCUUGUCGCAGCCUGACUCUGCUCUUCUGUUCACUAAGCUGCGUCCGGAGGGCCUGGUAAGCCUCAGGAAGCGCUACGCUGCGGUUGAUGGAGUUCGCGCCAGUGUGCCAGGCCUCGAUUGUUUCCCUCGUGAUGCGGUCGUUUCCCCGGCCCAGGAUUUCAGCAUUCUGGAAGGCGAACGUGUGUCCAGAGUUUGCGCAGUGUUCUGCCACUAG